CAUACGGAAAUGACAUCUCCCCUCUUUUCCCUUCCAACAUUUACUGGUCUUCACCAAUUUAAGUUAGCCACUACUAAAAUGAAAUUGAAACAGUAGAAACCAGAAACUUCUUGACUAGCUGGUUAGCCCACAGAAUUAAUCCCUUCUCAUCCCUUUUAAAAAAUUUUUAGUUUUUAACCAACAGAUAGGAAGCCCAUCUUUUUAUCUGUCUUUCUCUCUCUCUUUGACAUCCUUUCUUUUUACUUUAUUUACCUAUCUUGUCUCUUGCUUAACAGCUCAAGUACAACUUCAGAUACAGUGAGAAAGAGAGACGCUAAACAGAAGCAAAGCUAAGCAAAAUGGGUGGUGAUGGAAAGGUGUUCACUUUGGCUCAAGUCUCUGAUCACAACAGCCGCAAAGACUGCUGGCUCAUCAUCAAUGGCAAGGUUUAUGAUGUGACAAAAUUUUUGGAAGACCACCCUGGGGGUGAUGAAGUGUUAUUAUCAGCGACAGGCAAGGAUGCCACUGAUGAUUUUGAGGAUGUUGGCCACAGCGAUAGUGCCAGAGACAUGAUGGAUAAAUACCAUGUUGGAAAGAUUGAUGUCUCAACUAUCCCAAAGAAGACCAAAUAUAAACCUCCAAAACAGCCUCACUAUAAUCAGGACAAGACAUCUGAGUUCAUCAUCAAGCUCCUGCAAUUCUUAGUUCCCCUAGCCAUCUUGGGAUUGGCUGUUGGUAUCCGAAUCUACACUAAAUCAUCUUAAGGAUAUAGAUUGUGUUCUGAUGACAAAAAACUUGUGUUUCAUUUCUACUAUUCAUUGAAGACUGUUUGUCCUGUCCCUAUGUUGUUGUUAUUGAAGACUCUAUCCUGUCCCUAUGUUGUUGUUAUUACUGCCUUUCCUCAGGUAAUGGAUAUAAUUCAAGACACUUUACUUUUAUUGAAUGCAAAACAGGAAAAGUAUAAUUGGAAAUGAUGAGAAGCCUCAAGUAGCCUUAAAUCUAGUUGCAUGAUCUUAAGAUCCAUGAUGCAUGACAGAUGCAUUUUUGUUACCCUGACUUUGAAGAUGAGAUUGGCCGGGAAGACUGUAAUGUUUUUUGUAAGACCUGUUGAACUUAAUGAUUUUAUUGCGUCUUAGGGAUCUUCCAAUAUGAGCCUGUUUAUAAAUUAUAGAGGGUUUAGCUGCAUUGCCUUGAGUAGUCUAAAAAUGGAUAUGGAUAAGGGUUUAUAAAUGUUGUCUUGAAUGAAUUAAUUAAAUUAAACUUCAAGUUCGAGAAAGUGGUUAUAUAAAUUAAUUAAAUUAAAUGUUGAAUUCAAAGAAUGAUUGUCUUGCUUCUACGGUGAUUCAAUCUGUAUCACAUAGAUAGUGUGAUUGUUAUUGCCUCUAAAGCAGCAGAGAAAUUGGAUGGCACUUUUCGGGGGAGAAGAAAAGGGAAAAGUUGUGAUUCUUCUUUUGAAAAACUUGUAAUGAUAAACCAACUCCUUCCCUUUUCUAAAGGUGGACAUUGUAGGUUUGA